CAUGGUGGUGCCUGUCCGCGGUCUUUUCUUGGGCUACUGUCGAUCUCCGGGCAGGUGGGGGGGGGCGGCAGAUAGAGAAGGAGAGUCUGCCACGUGUGCGCUGCAAGCAAGUGGGAAGCCCGGCUGGAGAACGCUUGUUAGGCCGCCCCCCUCUUCACCGACCGCUUGCCGGAGUGACCGCCGAAGAGCGCCUGGGCCGCAUAAACCUAGCCGGCCAGCCUCAUCCGCCCCGCCCUUGAACGGUGCUGGCUCCGCCCUGAUGGAAAAGAGUGGCAGAAGAUCUGACUGCUGGCCCAGCGACGGAUUCUAUUGCAAAUCAGGACUGUUUCCAAAGGAGGCAGAGGAGGAGAGGACCCGGGGCUUAUGGAGCGAAGGAACAAUGAGGCUGUCGGCAGGCCCAGAGGAAGAGAAGAGACUUUUGGUGGCGGUGACAGCGUGCUCCAGGGGCAAAAAGAAGCAAGGCCUCUUUAAGGAAAAGGUGGAACAGUCAGGAUCAGAAAAAGGAAAGGAGGCAGCUUCAAGAAAAUAUGAAAUCAUAAUGAGAAACAAGGAAGAUACAAUAGUGAGAAGAGCAAGAAUAAACAUGCAUUACUCCAGAAAAAAACAUGGGGGUUCAGAAUAAUCUUCAAAGGUAGAUGGUCAGUAUUUGAUUUCACCAAUUACAGCCAUUCGUAUACGGACAUUUGGCCCAUUAGGGCCCAAGGAGCAUGAGACUCUUGAUCUGUCAGGCUUGAAUUGGAUUGAGCUGAAGUGGAGGCCAGUUGGAGAACUACUGGCAAGUUUUGACACUGGUGUCACUGAUGUCCUUCUCAUAGAAGUUAAAAUGAUCCCAUGCCUAUCAUACUUAGUAAGGCACUAGUCAUUUCCAUGAGUACCUUCCCAGAGAUGGAUCAAAUCUCACUGUUACUUUAUGUAUUUCUUUAUAAACCUUUGUAUAUUGCUUUUCUACUUAAAAUGUAUUCACAACAACCUUUUAAUGUAUAUUAUAUUGUUUGAAUUUGGAGAUAUUGGUGAAAUACAUUCACAAAACUCAGAGGAACACUAAUUAUUAAAUAUCCUGAAACAAUAAGAAUGCUGGUAAUUAAGCAAAUGAAUAUGGGAAAAAUAGAGAUCAGCUAAAGCAAUUGACUAAGUAAGAAGUUGUGGAUAACUUGCAUAGUUAGAAUGCAAUAAUGAUUCAUGGAUUGCAGUUGGGUAUCACAUUGCAUUGCAGGAGCCCCAGUCAUUCAGAUAUUGCACUACAUCAGUGGUUCUCAACCUUCCUAAUGCUGCAACCCUUUAAUACAGUUCCUCAUGUUGUGGUAACCCCCAACCAUAAAAUUAUUUUCGUUGCUACUUCAUAACUGUAAUUUUGCA